AUGGAAUCCUCUGCGUUCUGCGAUUUCUGCGUUUUGCUGUUUUUGGCCCGUUUGGCCUCUCCGCCUCUUCGGAGCGACGAGGAGAGCGCCGACGCCUUGGCAAAAGCCACGGAAGCCCUCCCGCUCUUCCGGGAGGCUGGAUCUGGGGAGGGCGUUGCAGACGCCCUGCUGGCCAUCGUCGCCUCGCAGGUGGCGCUCGGAAGGCGGGCGGAGGCUCGAGGCCUGGCUCAGCCCGAGUUGAAGCUCUUCGAGGAGGCCGGAGAUCGGGCCGGUGCCGCGAAGAUGCGGCUGGCCCUUAGCGAGUGCGGAGUGACAGGUGACGAGGCGCUCCGCGACGCCGAGGAGGCGAGGGACGACUUCCGCGAGCUGGGCCUCGCUGCACACGAGGCCCGGGCUUGCCUACGGCUGGCAGCCUUGGCCCAUCAAGCGGAGGAGGGCCUGGAGGCCGCCGAAGCCGCGGAGCAGCUCUUCCAGUCCGCGGGCGAUGCGAAGGGCGAGGCCUCUGCUUUGCACAGCGCCGCGCUCCUGAAGCUCCGGCUGGAGGACCAUGCGGAGGCGAUGGCUGUGGGGCAGCGGGCUUGCAGCCUCUUCCAGGAGCUCGGGUUGAGCAGGCUCGAGGCCCGGGCCCGGGCCGGCCUGGCCGACGCGGCGCUGAGGUACCGGCCGGGAGAGGCGGAGGCCCGGCGGCGUAGCGCCGACGAGGCAAUGGAGCUGGCCGAGACUGCUUUCGAGGCCUUCGACAGGUCGCAGCCUCAAGCCUGGGCGCUGGACGUCUCCUCAGACCGCUUUCCCGUCUUAACGGACACGCGGACACGCUUCGGGUUCCUGCGCCAUCUGCCAUCUGGUGGAGAAUCCUUGUUGACCAUGGGCAAUCGGGACUCCUGCUUAGCCGGCUGCCUUCGCAAGCUCUGGCCAUGGCGCCGCUUGGAAGGGCAGGUGCUGUCGAGCGAUCCGCCAGACUUCUCCCUUCCAAUGUACUGGCUGGCACACCCGGGCCACUGGCCGAGGAGGGUUGCGGAGAACUUGCCCAAGACCAUCUGCAGUUGGCAGGCUGAUGGGACGACGCAGUGCGAGGCCACGGACCAAUUUGGCGAUCGCGAGUUGGAGGCGCCUGCAGACCUCUUCUACCUGCACGGCACCAUGGAGGGCAUGGGCAAUCGAGCAUCCAUCGAUAGGUACGACAAGGAAGCGUUUCAGGCAAAGAGCUUCAACACACGGCACCAGAUGACCAUUGUCACUGCCUUCACGUCAGCGUGCAGAGCCUACGCUCCUCUUUACCGCCAGGCCGCAAUGGGUGGUUCAUGGGACUUGGCAUACCAGGAUGUUCUUGCGGCCUUCGAGCAGUUUCUUUCCGAAGUCGGCAGCGAGCGGCCCAUCGUUCUAGCAGGGCAUUCUCAAGGAUCCAUGCACAUCGUCCGGCUCGUGAAGGAGCGCAUCCAGAGUGACCCGGCGCUGCUCAGCCGAAUCUGCGCAAUCCACGCGCCGGGCAUGGGCCAGUGGAUGGAGCCUUCGCCUCUGCCUGUGGACAAGGACCCUGUGCCUCCGCCGACAGCGCCCUGCGUGGCCAUCUGGGCUGCGGCCUCUCCGCAGGCUGAUCGGAAAUGGACCUUGAUCGGUUUCAUGUCGCGCGGGCGUGGGUUCACCGAUUUCGCCAAUCCCUGCGCUUGGACGAAGGGUGAGCACUUGGGUGUUCUGCUGCCAGAUGAAGAGACCAAGCUACCAGUGCUGCACAGGGGCUUGGUCCAACGAGCAGAAGUCGUCGAGGGCCUUCUUCGCGUGCACCCCUGCCCAGCUGCAGAGAGCAAACUGACGCAGAUGCACAUGGGACAUCAUGACUACCACGCUUAUGACGUACAUCUCUUUUGGGCCAACGUGCGCGAGCGCGUGAAGCAACAGGUGGCCGCCUUCGCCCAGCACAGGCAGAGCUGA